GUUUUCCCCAUGUUGGCUCGAGCCAUGGAUCCUGUGGAGGAGGCUGUGCUAGUGAGUAAGACCCCUCCCGUCCCGGACACACCUAGGGUACAUGCAAAAUGCCACAACCGUCCACAUACCAGUCCACAUGUCCUAUCAGGAGCAUCGAAUCCGUCUACCUCCGGCCUUCAAACGGAGGACAGCAUGAAAAAAAAUGAAGAAGUCAAUACAGGGAGAGAUACGGACAAUAGGGAGGCAUCUGUGUCCGACUGGCUUUCAGGCGGACCCCUCGGUUCCAAAGGUGUGGUACUCGUGUUCCGAUCAUGUGUCCUGGCUUCCCGGACUCCCUCUAUGGAAUCCACCACCAAGUCUACAGGACAAAACACAGGCAACGCUAUUUUAUUAAACAAAGCCAAACACAUGGCGAGAAGACUAGUCCCCGAGCCGCACACUUUCAAACCCAACAACAUAAUGCACGAUGUCAUGGAGACGUUCGGCAAUAGCAACAAGUUCGCGGGGCAGGCUUAUGUCGUCCGACAUGUCAGUGAAUCAGAAGUACCAGAGACAGUGUCAUUGGAAGAGCAGGGCCACGAAAGCAUAGACCCGAUGGGACAUAAGAGAGACAUAGAGGAUGUGUUGAACGACCUGAGUAAGAUCACGCUGAAGAAACAUCUGAACAUCGAGAACACAACAGCGAACAUCAAGCCAGCCGAAGACCCCCCACCACCCGCUGUCGACGAAAAAAAGUCCAAAAAGAACAAAGCGAAAAUCAAGAAAAAAACUAAUAUACAUAAGAAAAUUUCCAUAACAAAUCUUCAGACUGGCAGCCCAUUGGACAGCGACGAUUCGGAGCAACUAGUCAAAGAGGUGGACAGCGUCAAGGUCCUAGAAAGCAACUGCAUGCCCGCCCGACUGCUCAAAAUAACAUACAAACUAGUCAACACAGAAACCAAACUCCUGCACCGAUUACUCCAAGCCCAUGGUCUAGUAGAGGCUGUGCCCGACGCCAAAGAUUUCAACCUCAUGUGGUCCGGAUUACACCCUAAACCAGAUGUACUGAGAUCCCUGUCGCCUUAUCAACGAGUCAACCAUUUUCCGAGAUCCUACGAGCUCACACGCAAAGACAAGUUAUUCAAGAACAUUGAGAAGAUGCAGUACUUCCGCGGCCUGAAGCACUUCGACUUCAUUCCCACCACGUUUCUCAUGCCCGCCGAGUUCAAGGAAUUAUGCACGGCGCAUUACAGGACCAAAGGGCCGUGGAUAGUGAAGCCUGCUGCUUCUAGUAGAGGAAGGGGGAUUUAUAUAGUUAAUACUCCCGAACAAAUCCCAAAAGGCGAGAACGUGGUCGUCGCCAAAUACAUAGACAAGCCACUUCUAAUCGGCGGACACAAAUGCGACCUGCGCCUCUACGUGUGCGUGACGUCGAUAGACCCACUACUUAUAUACCUGUACGAGGAAGGCUUGGUGCGGUUCGCGACUGUCAAGUAUGAUAAGACUAACAAGAAUCUAUGGAACCCGUGCAUGCAUCUGUGCAAUUAUAGCAUUAAUAAAUAUCACACGGAUUAUAUCAAAUGCGACGACCCAAACGCUGGCAACAUCGGCCACAAAUGGACUCUAUCCGCACUACUGCGCCAUCUACGAAAGCAGGGCCGCAACACAACCGCCCUCAUGGCUUCCAUCGAGGACUUGGUCAUCAAGUCCGUUCUGUCCUCGGCGCAGACCAUCACGGCCGCCGCGAGGGUGUUCGUGCCUAAUUUCUUCAACUGUUUCGAGUUGUUUGGGUACGACAUCCUGGUCGACGACAUGCUGAAGCCGUGGCUUCUUGAGAUCAACUUAUCACCCAGCUUAGCCUGCGAGAGUCCUCUAGACGCGCGCGUCAAGUCAGCCCUCGUGGCUGACACGCUGACCCUAGUAGGGCUCCCGGCCGUGUCCAUGGGGAAAACGGAGGCUGCGCCACAGAACUCACUCAAGAUGAGGAUCGGAGCGUGUCGGCGCGUACACUCCGCCGAGAACGUGUGCGCGGGUCGAACGAACAAAGCCAGCGGUCAAACCGAACCAGCGGCCUUGACCAGCGAAGAGCUACGUCUAGUGCGAGCGGUGCGGGCGCAGUACGCCAGGCGGGGGGGCUUCGUGCGCAUCUUCCCCAGCCAGAACAGCUGGCAGAAGUACGCGCAGUACCUCGACCCUGUAUCCGGCAUCCCAGUAUGCUCCACCUCCCUAAACAACAACGUGCCAUACAAUGUGGUCCCGCACAAUUACAACCUGCUGGUCCACGCGCAUGUGCUACCCCACUUCGCGCACGCCACCGCCGCCACCAGCGCCAGCCUCGCGCCGCAGCCCAUGCCCACUCCGAACAGAUUGAAACGCUACGAGGCGGUGAGUAUAACUAGUACAGCGCCGGCCAUCAGUCUGUGCGAGCACUCGCCGCCGCGCGCGCCCAACGACUCGCGGCACGCCAAGGCGCUCGUCAAGAAACAACUCGCCGACGGGAUGAGGCUCACGACGGGCGAGGUCCGCCGCGCGUUCGGGUUGUACCUGACGCACGUGCUGAAGCGCAUGUCGUGCCCGCCCACGGAGCUGGGCGCGGCGCACGCGGCGCUCGUGCUGCGCUUCCUCAAGCGCGCCUCCAACUCGCUCCGGAUGCCCUACAAUGUAAAGGGCCCCUCAGUGAAGAUGUGCGACAAGGACCGCUGCGCUGUCGUCGCCAAGCAACUCAACGACUUCCUGUACAUGUACUAUCGGGAGACGGACUUAUACACCGACAGCGAAGACAAGGAGAACUGUGUGUCUAACAUCAACUUUGCGCAGUUCCUCUAUUCUGCCAGCGAAGCGGACCUAGAGGACGUGCUACUCCUCCAGCUGAAGAUGGAGCACUACGUGACCCUGUUCCUGAGCGACACCCGCGCCCCGUAUUGCGUGGACCUCCCCCCCUCCAAGCUCAGCGGCACCGGCCGGCACACGCUGCUCAAGUACCUCGCGUGCCUCGCGCCCGUCAACACUAGGAGAUACAGGCCACCCUCAGACUCCUCUAGCAAAAUGGAAGCCGAGGACUCCAUGAACUCCUCGAUGCCUUCCUUCACCGAUUCCGACGUGGUCGUCAAAGAGUCCAUGAAACAGGAGAAGCCGCUGCCCCAAGCCCUGAAGUACGCGCGGUCAUAGCACAGGACCCUGAGGAACCUCACGCUACCACGCAUUAAGUCAUAAGGUAUCACGCUAC